AGAUAAUGGGGAUGUUGUUGUUUAUCAGAUGCUGACGUUCCUGAUGCUGGCUAGACUCUCCACUCUGUGUCCCAGUGCUGUGCUACAGAGGCUGGACAGACUGGUUGAGCCGCUACGUGCCACCUGCACCACCAAGGUGAAGGCCAACUCAGUGAAGCAGGAGUUUGAGAAGCAGGAUGAGUUGAAGCGGUCAGCCAUGCGGGCGGUGGUCGCCCUCCUCACCAUCCCCGAGGCGGAGAAGAGUCCCCUGAUGAGCGAGUUCCAGUCCCAGAUCUCCUCCAACCCCGAGCUGGCUGCCAUCUUUGAAAACAUCCAGAGAGACUCGUCCUCUGCUAACAUGGAGUCCAUGGACACCAGCUAAACAAUGACUCUCCCACAAUCCCCCUCUUCUUCCUUUCAUUCCCAAAACAUGAUGCCGCAACAGCAACAAAAAAUACCUGGGAGGGGAGGGGGCCCUUUUAUCAAUCGUUCCAUGAUGCAUUGCACUGAAUCAGCAACAGUUAGAGGAGAAAAAAAUAAAUAAUUGAACUUUAAAACAAAACAAAAUGUAAAACGAAAAAUACAAGUAAAAGAAAGUUCCUCUUUAAAGCUUUUAAGCUCAUCACCACAUUUCUCAUUUCUAAAAAAAAAAACACAAAAUAAAUCAAUUUUUGGUUUGUUCCAUCGUUCCUUUUUGUUGUUGUUUUUUGUUUGGGUUUUCUAAUAAUUCCUGAAUCCCACAGGUACCUCCAUGCAGAUGUUUGGAUGCUGCUGCAGAGUGACUGUUUAAAUGCUGAGAUGAUGACAUAUGAACUGACUUAAAUGGAACUGACUGCCUAUAGCUUAACUCUACGAACGAUGGGAUAGAUAUAUAUAUAUAUAUAUACACACGGCUCCUAACAUACAAGACAGGAGGCUUGACUAACAUGGGAUCUACAGGGGUUAAAUCAAUACAAUUACAGCAUAUUGAGUUCUAUGGUUUCUGGACCGGCACUUUUUUUUGAGUUUUUGUUACCAUGGUUCUUACCGGAUCAGAUUGGGUUGAAUUGAAUGGGGAGGGGUUUAUUUUUGUUGUUUUUGUUACCAUGGUUCUUACCGGAUCAGAUUGGGUUGAAUUGAAUGGGGGAGGGGUUUAUUUUUGUUGUUUUUGUUACCAUGGUUCUUACCGGAUCAGAUUGGGUUGAAUUGAAUGGGGGAGGGGUUUAUUUUUGUUGUUUUUGUUACCAUGGUUCUUACCGGAUCAGAUUGGGUUGAAUUGAAUGGGGGAGGGGUUUAUUUUUGUUGUUUUUGUUACCAUGGUUCUUACCGGAUCAGAUUGGGUUGAAUUGAAUGGGGAGGGGUUUAUUUUUGUUGUUUUUGUUACCAUGGUUCUUACCGGAUCAGAUUGGGUUGAAUUGAAUGGGGGAGGGGUUUAUUUUUGUUGUUUUUGUUACCAUGGUUCUUACCGGAUCAGAUUGGGUUGAAUUGAAUGGGUAGGGGUUUAUUUUUUAGUUUGUUUUUGCAAGAAUUGAAUGUCAUUAUCGGUGUUUUAUUUGUCUUGUCGGCUGUUAGUUAGAACAAAGCUUGGUUGGUGGGGGGGGGGGGGGGGAUUCACACAAUCAGAAGAGCUGAUGUUUAAAAUUGUGUUCAGAAAUCUUCUAUUAAAGAGGUGUGAGAGACAUGGUCAGGACAGGGUGUUCUGUUGAAUAAGUGGAUAAAUAUUUAGAAAUAUUUUUUUUGCCCUCAUUUUUUAUUUGUACAUCGUCUCUUGCAUCGACUGGUGGUUGGUUGAGCAGAGGUCAUUUGACCUUUGACCCCAUUUAUCAUGUUCAAAACAACCCGAUAAGGGAAGGAGCGCGUCUUCGACUAAGGCAGCACCGUACCUCGGGGUGAAAGCCCAGCAUUAGGAACAGACCUCUCUGUAUGUGGACAGAAGUACAUUUUGUGAAUAAAAAGCGUGAACUGA